AUGUUGCCACCACAUCCCAUUUCAUCGAGUGGAGCUGCUGUGAUCGAUAUCCCGUUGACACCAAUGACUCUCUCCCGCACUCCAAUCGCUCUCAUUGAUGGAGAUCCUUCUCAAACAAAAGAUCUCAUUGAUGGAGAAGUGAACAAUGUGGAUAUCGUCUUUGAUAAGGAAUUGCCUGAUGAACUCGCUUGUCCAUGCUGUGAACAGGCUCUCCGCUUAGCAACAAAAGCCCCAUGUGGUCAUCUCUAUUGUCAAGAGUGUUUGAAUGGCCUCAAAAAUUGCAUGGUUUGCAACGCGGAGAUCCCUAUCGGUUCGGGGAAACUCGAAAAGAAUACAAUGCGAAAAAUUCAGGCUCUUGGAGUACUAUGUUCAUGGCAAGAUCAAGGCUGCUCAUGGAGAGGAGUGCUAAAAGAUCUUGAGAAGCACGCACUCGGGUGUGAGUACCGAGAAAUCGUGUGCAAGCAAGGCUGCGGGCAAAUCUACGCGAAAAAGAAUGAGGAACUUCAUCUCCUCGAAGAAUGUGGUCGUCGUGGGGUGAUUUGUCCGGAUUGUAACAAAGAGAUCCCAGCAAAAGCUAUCGAUGUCCAUAACAAGUUUUGCGGAAUGGCGAUCAUCAACUGUCCGAAUCAGUGUGGAUUGGAGAAUGUGACGAGAGAUCUCGCUCAUGCCCACCUUCCACUUUGUCCGAAACGCGGGAAUGGUUGUCCAUUUGGAGAGUUUGGGUGUGAUUAUGCGGGAGAGAAACGGGCUCUUCAAAAACAUAUCAGUGAGGAGCCAAUACGUCAUCUCACCUAUCUCUGUGAUGGAGUUGUCGAGUUGAAGAUGCUUCUCACUCACAUGCAAUCACAAAUGGAAACGAUGACCAAAGCGAUGCAAGAUCUGCAAAUAAAAAGCAACAUCUUGGAGAAGCUCUACGGAUCGCAACUUGUCUGGCGUAUCGACAACUUUCGUCAAAAGCAAAACGAAGCAAGAUCCGGAGCCAAAUCAACGAUCUUUUCAACGCCCUUCAUGUCGGGUCGACAUGGAUAUAAAAUGAUUUGCUCGGUGUGUCCCUAUGGAGAUGGAGCUGCUCGAGGUCAAUAUUUCUCGAUUUAUGUGGCGAUAAUGAGAGGUGAAUUUGACGCUCUUCUCCCGUGGCCUUUCACUCAUAAAGUCACGUUCACUUUGAUGGAUCAAACUCGUAUCAACGGAAAGGCUAACAACAAGACGUAUGUGGUGAAGCCGAUCACCUCGAGGGAAAAUAAGGUUUUCUUGGAGCGCCCGGUGAGCGAGCGAAACGCGGCCUUCGGAGCACAGAAAUUCUGUGAUCUCAGCCAACUCGAGUCGUUUAUUGUGGAUGACACGAUCUUCAUCAAAGUGAACAUCGAUUUGGAGACUGAGAGAGGA